GCCAGCGACGGUAUUAAAUUGAUAUUCCCAGGCCAUUCCUUGGAACUCGAGACCGACGGCCAUGGCAGCCCCGCUCGCCUUCAACGACGCGGUCGUCCGCAGCUACAGCAUCGCGCGCGUCUUCCCCGGCGACGAAGACGCGGUCAUGACGUCCAUCGACUUUCAUCGCGCCGGCAACGUGGCCGUCACGGCGCGCAGCGAUGGCACGAUCAAUGCCAUCAACUGCAUCACGGGCACGUCGCACAAGACGAUCCUGACCAAGAAGUACGGCGUGGACCUGCUGCGGACGACACACCACCCCGACUGCCUUCUCUGGUCGUCCCAGAACGACGCCAACGACCACUCGGUCCGGUACCAUUCGCUCUUUGACAACAAAUUUCUGCGCUUUUACGCGGGCCAUACGGCCAAGAUCACGUCGCUCAUGAUGCACCCGACAGCCGAUGAGUUUUUGACGGCGUCGAUGGACGGUACCUUUCGGAUAUGGGACAUUCGCAGCCCGGACGCGCGGGGCGAGCUCAAGUGCGGCGACGCAGGGCGCACGAUCAGCGCCGCCUACGACACGGACGGGCUCGUGUUUGGCGUCUACACGGGCGACGGCAUCGUGCGGAUGUACGACGCCCGCAACUUUACCGACGGUCCGUUUGCCAAGUUUCCGCUCACGGACGACUCGAUCGCGGUCGUCUUGCGCCCGUUGCUCCAGCAGCGCAAGUUCAACGGCAAGCUCGACGUGCUCUCGCUGACGUUUAGCCCGGACCAGCAGCAUCUGCUUUUGAGUACGAACGCCGGCGUGCUCAUCCAGCUCGAUGCGUUUGAAGGCAAGCUGAAACGCAUUUUUGCGAGCCACUCGAACCUCUCGGGCACGAAGCUCGGCGUCGGGUACUCGCCCGAUGGCAAGUUUAUUGCGUGCGGCGCCGACGACGGCUCGAUCUGCAUCUACGACGCGCACUCGGGCGCGGUGACGGUCCCGGCCCUCCAAGGCCACGUCGGCCCUGUCUUUGACUUGCAGUGGAACCCGCAGCGUCACCUUCUCGGCAGCGUCCACGCCAACACGCUCUUUUGGCUCCCGAACCUCUAAGUCGAAUGCGAUGCCAGCUUUCUUG